AGAUGGCUGCAAAGAGAAGAAAAAACGAAACUUCUAAACGAUUUUCAUCAAGAAAUCUUUCAAUACCUUCACAGGUUGAUCCGAACAGGCUCAAAUUCAAAAAAUUCACCUUUCUGGUAUAUCAAUCCGAUUUGCGCCCAAACUCAUGUAUUUGGAGUAUCGAAAAUCACGUUUUGAUGGUAAAAUGGAUUUGCACAGAAGUCACUGGACAGUUUCAGGUUACGAACAGAUACAAAUUGUGGAAUGCAUCUGACAAUGAGACUUAUCGAUAUCACCAUCUGGAAGUUUCUAAAUCGGAAAUGGAAAAUGCAAGAUCCACUGGAUUUGUUCAAUUGGACACUUAAUGAUAACGUUUUUUCUAUUGUUUUGAAAAUAAAUUUUGUUCUCGCUAAAAAUAAUAAAAAGUUAAUUUUU